AUGUUUAAUUAUGACAAUUAUUACGGAUCGUAUCAAAACGGGUACUUACCUGUAAGCUUAUAAUUUCAUUCUACAAUUUGAGUUUAGAGCACUUCUUACGUCCCUCACAGCAGUGUUUACUCUUUCGAUGGAUAUCCCGUUUAUGGUGGCCAUGAAUAUCAUAAUCAGAAUUUUGACAAUAAUCCCUUCUUUUCCAAUUUCAAAUUCCAAAUGCCAGGGACUGAGGCUGAACUUGAUGAUGCAGCAGGUAAUUAUCGUCUAUGAUCUCUGAUUACAUAUUUAGAAAUGAUUGAUAUGACCGACGAAGAGACAGAAAAGAGCAAGCGAUCAUAUCCAUACAAUCCAUAUUCAAGUCUCCUUGAGAGCAAUGACGGAGCUCCCAACCGAUUAAUGAUGAUGGUAUUCAAUGCACGUAUCACGUCCAAAGACAAACCGGCAGGGUGUUCCAGACCCCAAAAUCCUGAUGGUACCUUCAAUAAAGCAGUUUUACCGGUGAUUGAGAAGAUGUUGAACAAUCAAUUAUCUUCUCAACAAGAGGCCCGUCCGGUUUAUAAACUGAUAAAUCUUGGAGCAGUAAGACAUUUGGAGCGUUUCUACUUUUACUUUUAGAAUGACAAUAUUCAAGAGCCCGUCAGAGGAUAUUUGGUGAAUAAUGGGAAUACGUGGGUCAGAAGAAAGGAAGCAGAAGCGCCAAAAGUCUCUCCUCCUAAAAAGAAAUUUGGAAAUCUUUCUUUGGUUAAUGUAGGAGGGAAGAAGAUAACCGGGGACUCAAACGAAUGUAUUGGGUACGCGAAAGAUCAGAAGUGUUUGGCGGACAGUCUCUGCAAGUAUUCUCACAAUGCGAGCUCCGAACAUCAAAAGAAGCUUUUAUGUUCAAGGUACUCUUAUUUGUUAUAAUUUUAACAUUUUUGUCUAACUAUUUUCAGCCAGAUGAAGGGAAUGUGCCGUAACGGAAAGAAAUGUGAUUUAGGGUACCAUUUGUUGCAAUCUCAUCAGCUCCCAGUUUGCCAUUACUAUCUGAAGAUGAUGUGUUCGGAAGAAGACUGUCCGUAUCUUCAUGUAAAGCAUUCCCCGUCCACAGAUCUAUGUUCCCUCUUCCAGAAAGGCCUUUGCACUUUAGGGAUCAGAGUUAGUUUAUUGGAUUAGAUUCUAUGUAUUCAGUGCAAUUACAUCCACAGGUAUUCUGUCAUCGUCCUUGCGCAACGAACUGAUCCUAAGCUCGAAUUUGGUCCGGAUGGGUUUGUUUUGAGUGCCAUAGAUGAGGUAAUGUUUUGUAGCGACCAAGUUGACCCUCAGCCUCUUGCCCAGUGGUUCUUCUAG